GUAUAAACUCCCUACUGCGUUUAUACCGCACAAGGCAAGAGGCUGUCCUGUCUCUGCUCACUGGACAGUACCUGGAGGAAGGUACUUCUCGGGUGUAUGUGUUCCACUAAAUAUGAAACACCUGUGAAAACAUGGCAGGGCAUGCUGUACGUGGCAUCAAACAAGGGCGUUCUCCCUAAGCUCGGUGGAUACAGGACACCUUCCUGGUCCUGGCUGCUUCCUCCUCUCAGAUGCCACUGAGACAGUUAUGGGGCAGGGACAUGGCCUGACUUCAGUUCUAGAAGGGGUAAAUGAUGGCACUUGUGGCUGACAACCCAGGACACCAGAUAUUUGCACCCACCCCUUACUAUUAAAAAUCACCAUGCACCCUAGAGGUUCAGAAAGCACUUGGCGCAGCUUCCUGUUUUACAGCCAGAGCAAGUUUGGCUCCCUCAGGGGUAGCUGUUCUCUGCAGCACUCAGGUCCUCUAGGAAUGUGACACUAAGUUCCCCCAGGGGAGCAGUUCAUUAUCCUGCGUGGAACUCGCUGAGCUGACCUUGGCAACAGGGAGGAACCCAUCUGCUCCUCGCUUCUCCUAGGCCUGGGGGUGGGGGUCAUUGCCCUGUCGCUUUCGAGUUGACAGUGCUCCCCUGUCCCGCUCCAGAGGUAAUUCAUCCCUGAGGGCAAAGCCACUCUCGCUCUUCAAACUCCAGCCCCUUGAGGGGUCAUCAGUUGGGGUGUCGCCCUCGGGUGGCCGAGGGGGAGGAGACGAGCACCUCAGGUCACGCGCCGCCUAUUUCCGGGCGCCGCGGCGGGCCUACCCGAGCUGCUGGGCGGGGCUGCGGCCGUGCCCCAGCUGCGACGAGGCGACCCCGCGGUGCUCACCCCGCGGAGCGGGCGGCAGAACCAUGGCCGGCUGCUGCUCGGUGCUCCGAGCCUUCCUGUUCGAGUACGACACGCCGCGCAUCGUGCUCAUCCGCAGCCGUAAAGUGGGGCUCAUGAACCGCCUGGUGCAGCUGCUCAUCCUGGCUUACGUCAUCGGGUGGGUGUUUGUGUGGGAAAAGGGCUACCAGGAAACUGACUCUGUGGUCAGCUCAGUGACGACCAAGGCCAAAGGCGUGGCUGUGACCAACACUUCUGAACUCGGAUUCCGGAUCUGGGAUGUGGCGGACUAUGUGAUUCCAGCCCAGGAGGAAAACUCGCUCUUCAUCAUGACCAACAUGAUCAUCACUGUGAACCAGACGCAGAGCACCUGUCCAGAAGUUCCUGAUAGGACCACCAUCUGUAACUCAGACUCGAACUGCACUCUUGGCUCCACAGGCACCCACAGCAAUGGAGUUGGGACUGGAAGAUGUGUCCCAUUCAACGAGUCUGUGAAGACCUGUGAGGUAGCAGCAUGGUGCCCAGUGGAGAACGACGCUGGCGUGCCAACGCCAGCUUUUUUAAAUGCCGCGGAAAACUUCACCCUUUUGGUAAAGAACAACAUCUGGUACCCCAAGUUUAAUUUCAGCAAGAGGAACAUUCUCCCCAACGUCACCUCUUCCUACCUCAAGUCGUGCAUUUAUGACGCUCAAACGGAUCCCUUCUGUCCCAUAUUCCGUCUUGGCAAAAUCGUGGAGGAUGCAGGGCACAGCUUUCAGGAUAUGGCAGUUGAGGGAGGCAUCAUGGGCAUUCAGGUCAAGUGGGACUGCAACCUGGACAGAGCUGCCUCCCUCUGCCUGCCCAGAUACUCCUUCCGGCGCCUCGACACCCGGGACCUGGAGCACAAUGUAUCCCCUGGCUACAAUUUCAGGUUUGCCAAGUACUACAGGGACCUCACUGGCAACGAGCAGCGCACACUCAUCAAGGCAUAUGGCAUCCGCUUUGACAUCAUCGUGUUUGGAAAGGCUGGGAAGUUUGACAUCAUCCCUACCAUGAUCAAUGUUGGCUCUGGCUUAGCACUGCUGGGGGUGGCGACUGUGCUAUGUGACGUCAUAGUCCUCUACUGCAUGAAGAAAAGAUACUACUACCGGGACAAGAAAUAUAAGUAUGUGGAAGACUACGAGCAGGGUCUCGCGGGCGAGAUGGACCAGUGAUGCCCGACCCUCCACUUCAGCCCCGCACAGCCCUCAUCAAAGCAGUGACGUGAGAAGGGAGAAACGGCUGUCGCAUCACUCGAGAGAAAGUUCCAGAGUUUAACUAUGCUCCUCCACUCCUCCACACUCAGGGCUGCCUAGUGGGUCUUGUAUCAUUUUGGUUUUGUUGUUUUUGAGCUCAGCUGGGUUUCAGGCUCAGGAUCUUUCUGCCCCAGCCCUCAAGAGUGCUGGGAUUACAGAGGUACUUCACAGUACCAUUCUCCUUAUGGGUUUUGGCAUUUUUAAAAAUCUUUUACAGUUUCACUGUAUGUACCUCAGGUUGGCCUCAAACUCAAGACAUUCCUGUACCCUCUUCAGCCUUUUCACCUCGCCUUUUGUUGUGUGUGUGUGGAGGGGGGUCAUUUGCUCACUGCACACAGCCGACUCCUGGUAUGGUGUUGGCUGGGUCACCUGUUGUUUAUGUAUAUGAGCAUACUGAGGAACUACAACAGUCAGAGAGCAGACACACUGCUGUGACUUCUGAGGCUGCCAUCUUCUCCGGCGUUUCCAGGACUGGCUCCCUUGGAAGUUCCGGUCCUCCGAGGCACAGCAGCUUUGUCCAAGCACUUUAUAAGGGAGGGGGUUCUCCAGGUGUCGCUGGCAGGCCUGGGGCACAGCUCCUCUUCCCUGUAACUAGACACUGUCCCUUGUGACAAAGGCAGAGUUGGCUUUCCCUUUCAGAAGGGCUCUGUUGAAAUGAUUGAGAACCAAACAUUAAAUGACAUUCCAAUC